AUGAACUUGUUAAAAAUGAAAAUUGUGGACAACCCCCAAUGCCCUCUCUGCUUACAGGAAAAUCAAACCACUGAACAUAUAUUAUGGGAAUGCACAGCUGCUAUUGAUGUCUGGGGUGAGUGCUCAAAGAAAAUCCAAAAGAGCAGGAUCUCUCACAAGAGCCUUAAGGAACUCAUGGUCGAAAUGUUUCUAAAGCUAAACAAGGAGGAGAUGGAAGAACUUGAAGUCGUACUAUGGAAACUGUGGAGGAGAAGAAAUGAGUUUGUAUUUAAAGAUACUCUCACUCCCCCAAACUUUUUGUUGCAGAGUGCAUAUCGGUCGCUGCAAGAGCUUAGAGAAUCUAAGCAUGGGGAAACCAAUCAGCCAGCACCUACUAACAAUCGAGUGGAAGAAUGGGAAGCUCCUUCAAGAGACUUUUUCAAGAUCAAUUGA